CACUCUCCCAUGCUUUCAGUUCUCCGUUUCCUUUGUUGAAAGAGAGAUUAUUUAUUUUAUUUAAGGAGGAGAUAUAGUUCAGGAUGUUGGGCGUAUUCAGCAGUUCAAUAGUCUCACCACCGGAGGAGCUGGUGGCUGCCGGAAGUAGGACACCGUCGCCGAAGAUCUCUUCCAAGGCGCUCGUUAACCGGUUCAUCGGAAACAACGCCUCGGCUGUGUCGAUGCAGAUCGGAGACGAUGUUCAAUUGGCGUAUACUCACCACAACGAGUCGAUUACACACCCGAGAUCCUUUGCGGUCAAAGACGAGAUAUUUUGCUUGUUCGAAGGCGCCCUCGAUAACUUGGGUAGCUUAAAGCAACAAUACGGGCUUUCCAAAUCUGCUAACGAGGUCGUUUUGGUCAUUGAGGCUUACAAGGCACUGCGUGAUCGUGCCCCUUACCCUGCAAACCAUAUGGUCGGCCACCUUAUCGGAAAUUUCGCAUUUGUUGUCUUCGACAAAUCGACCUCCACUCUGUUUGUCGCCACCGAUCAACAUGGUAAGGUUCCUUUGUAUUGGGGAAUCACAGCGGAUGGGUGUGUUGCAUUUGCUAAUGAUGCUGAUUUGCUAAAAGGUGCUUGUGGCAAGUCACUUGCUUCCUUUCCUCAAGGAUGCUUUUUCUCCACGGCUGUUGGAGAGCUGAGAUGUUACGAAAAUCCUAAGAACAAAAUCACAGCCGUUCCUGCAACUGAGGAAGAGAUAUGGGGAGCAAAAUUCAUGGUGGAAAGCCCAGCGAUUAUAACAGCCACACCAUAAAUUGGUGUUUGAUCCACGACUUUUUAUCCCGAUAAUCACCAAUACAAAAAAAAAAAAGUUAUGAUCAUGUCAUGUCAACUUAAUUUAAUGUUCGAGUAGAACGAUGAAUAGAUGUUUGUUUUUUGUUUUUUUUUUUUUUUAAUGGUUUUAGAAGCGGAGGUUGUUUGUUCGUAUGUUUGUGUUUGUACAGAAACAUGUUGGUUGUGUAAUAAAGUUUGGGUUAGACAUGAAUUAUGUAUAAUGAUGUAUAUGUGUUAUAUGUUUCAA